AUGAGUGUCAUAGGCUCUGAUAUAAAGAAGGAAUGUACAGGUUUUGAGAGGAGUGUCAUAGGCUCUGAUAUAAAGAAGGAAUGUGCAGGCUUUGAGAUGAGUGUCAUAGGCUCUGGUAUAAAGAAGGAAUGUACAGGCUUUGAGAGGAGUGUCAUAGGCUCUGAUAUAAAGAAGGAAUGUACAGGCUUUGAGAGGAGUGUCAUAGGCUCUGAUAUAAAGAAGGAAUGUACAGGCUUUGAGAGGAGUGUCAUAGGCUCUGAUAUAAAGAGGGAAUGUACAGGCUUUGAGAUGAGUGUCAUAGGCUCUGGUAUAAAGAAAGAAUGUACAGGCUUUGAGAGGAGUGUCAUAGGCUCUGGUAUAAAGAAGGAAUGUACAGGCUUUGAGAGGAGUGCUACAGGCUCUAACAGAAAGAGGGAACGUGCAGGCUUUGAGAGUAGUGUCAUAGGCUCUGGUAUAAAGAAAGAAUGUACAGGCUUUGAGAGGAGUGUCAUAGGCUCUGAUAUAAAGAAGGAAUGUACAGGCUUUGCGAUGAGUGUCAUAGGCUCUGAUAUAAAGAAGGAAUGUACAGGCUUUGAGAGUAGUGUCAUGGGCUCUGAUAUAAAGAAAGAAUCUGAUAUAAAGAAGGAAUGUGCAGGCUUUGAGAGGAGUGUCAUAGAAUGUACAGGCUUUGAGAGGAGUGUCAUAGGCUCUGAUAUAAAGAAAGAAUGUACAGGUUUUGGGAGGAGUGUCAUAGGCUCUGAUAUAAAGAAGGAAUGUACAGGCUUUGAGAGGAGUGUCAUAGGCUCUGAUAUAAAGAAGGAAUGUACAGGCUUUGAGAUGAGUGUCAUAGGCUCUGAUAUAAAGAAAGAAUGUACAGGCUUUGAGAGGAGUGUCAUCGGCUUUAACAUAUGA